UGGCGAGAGUUCUCGGUGGCGCAGCGGUACCUGGGCUGGACCUCAGUCGUGUUGCUCACAGCCCACCUCACCUUUGCUGCCGCCAACCACUUACUUAAUCCCCCGUCCUGUUACUUCUUACUGUCAGGAAGCCAGGACGGCCGGGAUGGAACCUUCACUCAAGAUAAUGUCUCGUAGGAAAGUUCUGGUCAUAUCAUUGGACGGGUUUGGUCACCAUUACCUUGACAAGUACCCGUGGAGGUACCUCGCUACCAACCUCUACUCUGCAGGAAGCUACCCACGCAAAUUCAGAAAUCAAUUUGUUACCAAGACUUUUCCCAAUCACUUCUCAGUUGCGACUGGUUUGUAUGAAGAGGUUCAUGGCGUGAUUGGCAACAACAUAUACGAUUCAAGCUUGAACAAAACAUUUGGCAUGGAUGAUAAAGAAUUGUUUAUGCAGAAUCCUCUUGUAUCACCUGUGUGGACUUUGAAUGAGGAGCAUGGCGGACACAGUGGGUGCAUUAUGUGGCCAGGCUGCGGUGUUGCAUACCGAGGCAAAAAUGUAACGUUUUUAUCUCCAUUUCACCAGCACGCUUUAUUUAAUGAGAGCAUAGAUAAAAGCAUUGAGUGGUUUACAAAUGAACGGACUCCUGCGAACCUUAUAUUUCUUUACCACGAGGAGCCUGAUCAUGUAGGUCAUAUUUAUGGACCCAAUUCUUCUCAAGUUGAAGAGGAACUAAGAAAGAUUGAUGAGGGUAUCGGAUAUCUGUACCAAAUGCUCACUGUACAUAAGCUGAGAGAUACUGUGGAUGUCAUUGUUAUGAGUGACCAUGGCAUGAGUUGUGUUAAUAAAGAAAAUGUAAUUUUCCUGGAUGAUAUAGUUGAUUCAAGCUUGUACCAUAUAUCAGGAACCUCACCUCUGUUAAAUGUCUGGACAACUUUUGAAAAGCAAUUGGAAGUUUAUUCCAGUUUGCUGGAAGGAAGUCGGACACACAACUACACGGUAUACCUAAAGGAGGAUCCACAGUUCUUGGCUUGGCAUUAUAGUAAAAAUACUCGCAUCAGCCAGAUCUCCAUACUUGCUGCCGAAGGCUACGUAUUUAAAGAUUUUAAAAAUUACAUUGAUUAUAUGAAGAAGAAAGGAGCCACUGACUUGACGGACACCCAUGGGAACCACGGUUAUCCUGUUGACAUUCCUAAUAUGGAACCAAUUUUUGUAGCAGCUGGGCCAUCAUUCAAGAGAGGAUUUAAGGCCCCAGAUUUCAGCAAUAUAGAUACAUACAUGCUUCUUUGUCAUCUGCUAAACCUUGCUCCAGGACCAAACAAUGGAACUGCUGACAACAUCUCAUCAAUUCUCGUUGAGCCAAUAUCGUCGACACUCAUUCGUCCGCUCUCAGUUACACUAGGUUGCUUGGUUGCACUACUGGGGCUGAUUGGGAUUUUGGCUUGUGCCCUGACUAAGAAAGAGAAACAUAGGCCUGUUUCAGCUGAGUCACUCAUCAAUGGAUAUGUGCACAGAAAAACCAUGCGUGGACAGAGGAGGGAACCAUUACAAGAUGUGAGUGAGGAAGAAUGCUUGCUGGAUGCUAACAUCAUUGAUGAGGUGUAACAUUGUCUUCUUUUAACCAAAAUGUUUAUUUUUCUACUUUGUACAAUCCAUAAAGAGAGUUCUCUAUAAAAAGCAGAGUAAAACACAUUUGUUCUAGUCAAUAAUAGAUCUACAUAUACCAAAUGUUACACAUUCCAAUUAUUAUAAUUUAAUGAUAAAUUUUGUUUUGUUGUAUUAAGGAAGGUAAUCUUCAGUAUUCCAUUCCAGUAACAUUAGUUUAAUGUUUUUUUUUUUAACUUUGUGCAGUGUUUUAUAUUUAAUCUAUCUCCUAAAAUAUAUAAUUAUUAACAUUAGUUAGAGUAUUAGUUUUUAAAUUUUGUGCAGUGUUUUAUAUUCAAUUUGUUUCUUAGACUAUAUGAUGAGUUAAUAUGCUCAGGUAAUAUUAUUUAUGCAUGUAUUUUUAAUAACGUAUACAUGUUGAUGAUAUAAACCUAUACUGAUCAUGCUGUUGAUCUAAGGUUAUACUGAUCAUGCUAUUGAUGAUUCACAAAAUUGUAAUGACACAAUUGCAAACAAACCAUAACAAGGGUGGGGAUAGAACCCAUGGUCAGAGAGUCAAAAAACUCCAGACCGACGCGUUAGCCACUGGGCCAGUUGGCUACAGUAAGAUUCAUCCAUACACCAUAGGAAGGUUAGCAUAGGCACCACAGUGACCAUAAAUCUUGUACCCAGCUGGCUCAGUGGCUAACGCAUCGGUCUGGAGUUUAUGACUCUCUGACCACAGGUUCUAUCCCUGCCCAUGGAUGGUUUCAUGCUGUUGAUUAUCUAAACCUAUAAUGAUCAUUUAAAAUUCCUGUGUGCAUAAGGCAGAUUUUGAGGAAAAAAGAAAGCUAGCUUUGCCUCGAAGUUGAAAUGAGAAUAUUUUUCUAAGUAGACUAUGAAAACGUAAAUGAAAUAAGAAAACUUUCAAUUUUGCAAUUUCUGGUGUAUUAACAUUGGUGAAAAAAUGAUCACUUGUUACGAAAAGCCACGUAAAUGUUCCUGGUGGUAUAUACGUAUGUUAUACAGUUUAUUGAUGCUAAAUUUCGAUUGUUUUUCAUUUCUUUGGUGUGUUCUCAAUUUCUAUCACUAUGGACUUUAGUUUGUUAUAAUACAGGUCCUCCAUCACAAGUUCGGCAUCACUGGGACCUGUAGUGUGCCGGAUUACUGAGUUUGCCGAAUUACAGAGUGGUUAGGCUAGAAUACACUUAAUAAAAUUAACCAACUUGACUUACACAGUUCAUUGAACAUCGGCAAAAAUCGAACAUUUCCGCUACUUUGAGCUCAAUUUCAAGGUACUUUUCGUCAUGAAAGCAAUCAAAAUCAUGUCUACGUAUUUCUGUAAUAUAUCUUCCAUUCUAUCAAAUGAGUCCAAAAAAUGAGAAUACAACCAUAAAAACCAUACGAAAAUAUACUGCAAAGAGGCGGCUAAUGGCUGAGAAGUGAACUCCCUUAUUUAUCGUCCGUCUUUUUUUAUUUUUGUUGUACGUUAAGAAGCAUCUUUCCAUCAUACAUUGCCCAACUUUCAAUGAGAUAGCCCAACAAACAACCGAGAAAAAAAAAAUUUACCAAAAAUCAUGUAUGGCAAGCUUAAGCCAGGUACUGGAAAUAAGUCACUUUGUCUGACUUUUCUGGGUUAUCCUAGGUUCUCUAUACAUACACUGCUAUGUAUGAUAAUCUAUGUAGCUGUAUUUGUGUAUACCUGAAUAAACUUAUUUACUUCUAGUCUGUCAACUGAGUACAAGAAACCGCCCAUCCCCUUAUUUCAACUACCCAAUAAAGUGGUCAGAAAUUGGCAAUUUGGCCGAUUUCACACAAAUUUCAGCAGAUGCCAAUUUCAAAAUAGGGUCCAGAAUAAACAGUGCAGACAUUCCUGGCACUAAAAUAACAUUUUCUCUGUUCAUUAGUCACGGCUACAGGCCCCUCUUAUAUUACUCUUGCUUACCAUUUGGAAUUUUUAUUCACAAAAAAAAUAGAUGAUUUACUGCUAUGCAGACUACUGCAUUAUUGUAAUAAUUGUAUAAAUAAUGUCAAUCCAUUCUUGAUUCCGUACUGGAAUUUGGACUGGCUAAAGAAUAGAACAUUUUCACUACUGUGAGCGCAAUUUCAAGGUACUUUUUGUCAUGAAAGCAAUCAAAAUCAUAUCUAUUUCUGUAAUAUAUCUUUCAUUCUAUCAAAUGAGACUGAAAAAAUGAGAAUACAUGUAUAACCAUAACAACCAUACAAAAAUGUACCGCUAAGCGGCCGCUGAUGGCUGAGAAGUGAACUCCGCUAUUUAUGGUCUGAUUUCUUUCAUUUUUGGUGUACGUGAAGAAGUAUCUUUCCAUCAUACAUUGCCCAAGUUUGAAUAAGAUAACCCAACAAACAACUGAGAAAAUAAUAAUAAUAAUAAUAAUAAUAAUAUCUUUAUUUACUACACGCACAUGUACAAGGUAUACAGGCCUAGCUGACAUCAGUGACAUACUACUGUAUAGAAAGGCACUUGUUAUGCUGAGUAUUUCAAGAAAAUUAGGUCAGUGUCCCAGGAUAACACCCACACUAGUCGACUAUCACCCAGGUACCCAUUUACUGAUGGGUAAACAUAGACAACAGGUGUAAAGAAACACGCCUAAUGUUUCUACCCUGGCUGGGAAUCGAAUAUUUACCAAAAAUCAUAUAUGGCUAACCCAAGCCAGGUACUAAAAAUAAGCCACGUUGACUUUUUUGGGGUUAUCCUAGGUUCUCUACACAUAUGCUGCUGUGUGUGAUAAUCUAUAGAGAGAAAAUAACUUUUUUGUUUCAUGUUUAUGGUGGAGUACGAGUGUAUAUCAUAGUUAGCCCUGUGCUAUACUCCGUUUUCUCUAAUAUAAGCCCCCAAGACAAGGAUAGGAGAAUGGUAUUUGUUUACCAUAUCCUCUUCGUAACUCUGUCGAACUGCUCGGUGUUAUGCCAAAUAUUAUUCAUUCUGGAGUAUUUAACAUGUUUUAUGUUAUUUAUAUUGUUUAUUAUGUCAUUAGAUCAAUUGUGAUAGGCAAAUAAGCUGUAGUGUUGAUAUUAACACAAUAAUAAAGCAUAUUCUCCUGCUUCAUGAGACUGAGUUCAUGACAACCAACAGUGGCUUCAAAGCCACCUUAUCUUUAAUAGAUAAUGUACUGUGUAGGUGCUUUACAUAAUGAGAAGCAUUUCUUUUAUUCAUUGGAACCAUGGCUAGGGCUAAAAGUAAGCAGGUUAAAACAAUAAAUGGAGAAAAAGAAAUUGGAAUGACUUAUGCUGCAAGUAGCACCACCAAACAGUACCAGCAGGUUGGUGUAGCGACCCUGGAAAUUUGAAAUUAUGCUAGCCAAAAUUAGUGCCGAAUAACUGAAGGAACCGAAUAACUGAUUGCCGGAUUUGUGAUGACAGACCUGUACUAGCUUUGUAUCAAGGUGUAUUAGUAAUCCUAACAUGGAAAAAUAUUUAGUCCAACAUAGUACAGCAUGGAAUAUUCAGUGUAAUUGGUACACUUUUUUAUUUCCUUUGAUUGCUUUUGCUUUAUUAUAUUAUGUACAAGGAAAUCAUACAAUCUUACCAUUGACUCUGGGUGUGUUACAUUUCAACACAUGGAAGUAAGUCACAUUGUUUGGCUUUCUUUGGUUAUCCUGGCUUAAAAAUAUACAUACACUUAAUGUAGUUUUUAUGUGUCAUGGUAUUUGUGUUCUUUAAGACCAUUGUAAAAAUAUAUCUAUGCUAUGUACACAAACCUAAAUAAAGACAACCCUAAUUACAGUGAUGCAGAAUGGCAUGUCA